GUUUGUGAAUGUCCGUUAUAUCCUUGAAUCAACCGUGAGCUGAAGGCACUCCGCCUCCGGCACCACUUCGUCUCUGUAGCUGUUGAACUUUGAGGAGGAGGCCAGGGAAGCGUAGUUGAAAUGGAUCCUCAAGUAUGGCAUAAAAUUGCUGCGAUUUCCGGAGUAUCAGCACUUGGAUUUGGUACAUAUGGUGCCCAUUACCUCAAGCCCGAAAACCCUGAUUUUAAAAAUGUCUGGAAUACUGCAUCGCUUUACCAUUUGGUUCACACUGUGGCCUUAGUUGCUGCUCCUGUUGCUAAACAUCCCAAUGUUUUCGGAGGCCUUCUAACAGCUGGAAUUCUCGCAUUCUCUGGAUCGUGUUAUGUUACUGCAUUAUAUGAAGACAGAAAAUAUGCUAGGUUUGCUCCAUAUGGCGGCUUUGCAUUCAUGGCUGCUUGGGGAAGCUUGCUUUUCUGAUAUGAAACACCCUUUUGGUUUGUGAUGUAUAUAUGGAAACAUAUAUCUAAAAUGUUUAUACUUGCUGAGUUUCUUUGGAUAUAGGAGUUGCUCAGGUGUUCUUAUUUGGCGCCCGUUCUGAUUGGCUACAAUGAAGUGAGCACUAGGAAGCCGCAAAUAAUUGGAACCUCAAUUUAAGUGAAGUUGGGGGUGUGUGUGUGUGUGUGUGUGUUUUUUUUUUUUUUUUUUUUUGGGGGUGGGGGGAGGGUGGUUGGUGGUUGGGGGAGAAGGAAGGGAUAUAUGGAACUCGGUGACAGAGGUAGACUCCCAUAUUUUCCUUUGUGUCCCCUCUUUAGUCUUAUCACUUAAAGGGACUUAAAUCUCCAUCAAUGAAAGUGGAUCCCUUCUGUUA